AUGAAACUCUCCGUUUUAAGCCGAAAGGCUGAGCCAGUUGCAAAAGAUCCCACUUUUGUCCCGAUUGAAGUUGAAGAGGCUCUCAAAGUUGCUCCUGAGGUUCGAGAUUAUGCUGGCGCGCAUGCGAAGUAUGACCCAGCCGAGAUCGCCCUGGUGCGUCGUCUUGACUGGAUGAUUAUGCCUAUAUUAUGGUUCAUGUACUGGCUCAAUUACUUAGACCGCAACGCCAUUGCCCUAGCCAGACUGAACACCCUCGAAGAAGACCUCAGCCUCACCUCGACAGAAUACCAAACAUGCGUCUCGAUACUCUUUGUCGGAUACGUCAUCGUCGGUAUCCCCGCAAACAUGGUCGUGACGCGCGUCCGCCCGAGCCUGUGGAUGAGCUCCUGCAUGGCCGUCUGGGCUAUCAUUAGUGCCCUUACGGCAGUCAGCCAGAAUUACACGGGCUUACUGCUCACCCGGUUCUUCCUCGGCAUCACUGAAGCGCCUUACUAUCCGGGUGCGCUGUAUGUCCUCGCUACGUUUUACACGCGUAAGGAGUUGGCGACGAGGAUAUCGAUUCUGUAUACUGGUAAUAUCCUAGCAACAGCCUUUGCUGGAUUGAUUGCGCUUGGAAUCUUCCAAAUGCAUGGGAUGGCCGGUAUCGCAGGUUGGAGAUGGCUCUUCAUCAUCCAAGGCGUAGUCACCCUCAUCAUCGCCAUAAUAGCCUUCUUCAUCCUCCCCGACGAACCCCUUACAACAAGAUGGCUCAGCCCUGAAGAGCGGAUCCUAGCAAACGAACGAAUCUUGCGAGAUACAGUCGGAAACACCGGCCAGACUACGACAUGGUCCGGUCUCCUCGAAGCUGCCAAGGACCCCAAAGUCUGGCUUUUCACUGCGAUGCAGCACUGCCACUUAGGCGCCAAUGGGUUCAAGAACUUCUUCCCGACCGCGGUCGAGACGUUGGGAUUCAAUGAGACGAUUACGUUGGUGCUUACUUGUCCUCCGUAUCUGAUUGCGGGAAUAAUAUCGAUUGCCUGGUCCUGGUCCUCUGGGAGAUUCAAUGAACGUACUUGGCACAUCACCAUCGCAAAAUCAAUUGCAGUAUUCGGCUUUAUCCUCGGCUGCGCUACCCUGAACACAGGUGCUAGAUACUUCUCAAUGGUCGUCUUUUCUGUAGGGACAUAUGCAGUGAACUCAAUCAUACUGGGGUGGGUCUCGGCGACUUGCUCUCAGACGAAAGAGAAGAAGGCCUCCUCUCUCGCCAUCGUCAACUGCAUUGCCUCCGACGAGCCUCGGUACGUCAUGGCGAUGUCUUCGAGCGCGGCGCUUAGCGUUGCGACCGCCAUGGGCGCGUGGGCGAUGCGGUUCUGGCUCAAGAAUGAGAACAGGAAGAUUCGGCAGUCCGAGAACGAAAACGUUCUGUUCUAUGCGUAUUAA